UCGUCUUGGCCCAGCGCGGCGCCAAGCCGGGGCGGGCGAUGGAUUUCGGAAGGCCUCCGAGUUCUGGGAAUGCUCCGAAGUGGGCUCUUUGCUCAGAUCCCUGGCGACGAUUCCGAUGCAGAGGCCGAGAGCGAGGAGGAGAAGCCGAGCACUGCAGAGGUGCUCCAGCGUGUGAAGAGCGUGCUGGGUGAGAGGUGGCAAGAAGUGCCCUUCAUGGACCUGGUACCCGUUCAGCCUGGAGCGAAGUUCGCCUCCCUCGCGCGGCUCAUGUCCGAUGGCCGGGGCUUUCCACCGGGCUUCCGCAUCGAUCGAAUCCACGCGCCCUUGGUGCGCGAGACCUUCCUCCACAACGGCUUCCGGCCGACCAAGGGCGAGGAUUGGCUCAUCAGUUGGACAGGCCCUCGAAUGCGGGACAAUGUGCACCGGAUGAUGCACGAGUUUCAACGGGUGAACCACUUCCCCAACAGUACCGAGCUCACCAGGAAGGAUCGGAUGUGGGAGAACUUCCAGAGGAUGGCCCAGCAGCACCGCGAGCUGAACUUUGACUUCGUGCCCGAGACCUUUGUUCUGCCGCAACAGCUUCGGAGCUUCAAGCAGCGUUACCUGAAGACCAGGAGCGAGCAGCUUUGGAUCGUGAAGCCAACGGCCUCCUCCCAGGGCCGUGGGAUUUUCAUCCUUCGGAACCUCGUCGAGCUCCCCAUGAAGGAAUCCGUCGUGGUCUCACGCUACGUCGAAAAGCCCCUCCUAAUUCAAGGCUUAAAGUUUGAUCUGCGAAUUUAUGUCAUGGUGACCUCCUUCCGGCCGCUGCGUGCCUACGUCUACCGCGAGGGCUUGACCCGCUUCGCCUCCAAAGCCUACAGCACCGAUGAGGAGCACUUGGCAGAUGUUUACCGACAUUUGACCAACUACUCCAUCAACAAGGGUGCCGAGAACUUCCAAGAGAAUCAGCGAGUGCAAGCGGAUAACUAUGGCCAUAAGUGGAGCCUUUCGGCACUCAAUCGGCACCUCCGAUGUAUCGGCGUGAACGUGAAGGAGAUGUGGAGUCGGAUCAUGGAUAUCAUCGUGAAGACGCUGCUCGCAGUCGAGCCAGCGAUCAGCGCGGCCACGAAAGAGAGCUGCUUACACGAACAGAGCUGUUUUGAGCUGUAUGGCUUCGACAUCCUGGUGGAUGAGCACUUGAAGCCAUGGCUACUGGAGGUGAACCUCAGUCCAAGUAUGCAGGCGGAGAGCCCGCUGGACAAGCAGAUCAAGAGUAGCUUGUUAUCGGAUGCCUUCAACCUCCUUGGCGUGAAACGUCUGGAUGCACAGACCUUGACCUCUGCCCGCUUGAGGGCCCGCUUCCUGUACAUGAGCAAGUUGCAAAGCCAGAUGCCGAAGAGCAAAGACUCGAAGUUGCUGGGCCAUCGACAGGAUCCCCUACGCCCGGAGGAGCCCCGACUGGAGAAGACCGAGGAGCCCUCCGUCGCCGAAGGUGACGCGGAGGGGGAACCUCAGCCGCUGGUGCGAAAGUACUUCAGUCCAAAGAAGCAGGUCUCCCUCAGCACCUUGUGCGAGCCACAUUUGCGGCUUUUAGUGUAUGCCCUCGAGGAGACCCAGCGCUGCUGCAACUUCAUCCGGCUUUAUCCAACUCCAUCAACGGUGAAGCGCUAUCAGCCCCUCACGGAGAGCCGCAGCAUGGAGGACGAGUUCCGGAAUCAGCUGUUGACGGCGGUGCUCUUCGCGCAGCAGAUGCCGCUCUGCGACGAACCCGAGCUCGAGGCCGAGCUCAUCUCCGCACCGGAGCCGGAGCCAGUGCCGAAGGUGGCGCAGGAAGGGAACCUGCAGAUGGUGGAGGAAGCCUUGCAGACGCUCAAAGUCUUGGGGACGAAGAUGAGUUCGCAGCUCUUGCUCAUGGAGUAUAUAGUGCGCUUGCUCAACACCUGCCAUCAGCUGAGUGAUGGUGCUCGGCGCAAAUUGGAGAACCGGCAGCAGUCGGCCAUCGCAGGUGUCCUCCAGAUCUUCCGCCAGCAGCUGGCGCUCUACCUGCGCGCCUCCGAGCGCGGCGCCCGCGCCCGCGGCGCCCACCGGGCGCCGGCCGUGCCGGCCGCGCCGGCUGCGGAGUUGGCGACGGGGCCCAGCGAGGAGCUGCCUGGGGGCAGUGUGGUGGAUGAUGUGGAGGACAUUUGUCAGCAGGCCUUGGUGCAGAUCCUGUGCAAUACCUGGGGCGGUGCAAGAGACCACGCACAACGCGGCGUCGAAAGCCUACGUGGAGAGCUCUCAGUCGUGAGGUGUGCACCUGAGGCUUUUGCCCAGAGCUCCAGCGGCUGUCGCGCGGUCGCCGCGCUGGGCGAGUUGAGCGCCACGGACUUGGAGUCCAUCUUCCGUGCUCCACAAUGCCCGCCCGAGGUGAAAAACUUAUUCCUCGUCCCAGAGGAUCAUGAGGUUGGCUGGAACGUCCUCCGGCGGAUGUCCCAAGCAGGGCCUUUGAGCGAGCUGGAGUUCCUGCAGCGCGUCACCACAACCUUCCAACCGCCCAAAGCUCCGCUGGAUGCUGCGAAGAGCCCUGAGGAUGCGCCGCCCCUCUCGGUGCCGAGGUUGAUGGUCUCCCAGAGUUCUCCCCAGCUGAAGCGCCGCCCGGGGCCGUUGGCGCCCUUGGCACCCAACGGCCUGGCCUACAGCCGAAAGGGGCGGUUUGGCUUCGGUUCCUAUGCCACGGGCCUCAGUGACAUUGAGCUUUGAGUCGUGACGUCUCACGUCUCACGUGACCGGUCGACCCGUUGUGAUGGCGGUGACCGUUGUGAUGUCUCCCGAAGGUUGGGACCCGAGGGUAUUGAAGGUUUGCCUCCAAACUAGCAAAAGCCUUCCCCUCAUAGGUUCUCCAGCUGGGGGACGAGAUAAUUCAGAUCUCAGCCCAUGGGAAUUCGUGACGCCAAGCGUCACUGCAAGGCCGUGGCCGAGGUUGCACAGGUGGCGAAGAGUCCGUGC